AAAGAAAAGCCACUGAUGAGCUCCGCCAUUAACGAGGUGGAAGAAAAAGCUUUGAAAAUCGCAAUGGGAAACUGUUCUCUCAAAGGAAUGGCGGUGGAUUGCGAGAAGCCCAUCAGAAUCUUAACGGAUUCCGGCCAUAUAAUCAACUUCCACGGCCCUAAACAAGUUCAUCAAAUCCUCAACAACUAUCCUCCCGGUAUCUAUGGCGUUUUCCGGCGACCCAAUCUAUCUUCUCCCUUACCCGUCUCCGAGCCCCUUGACGCCGGAAAAUCCUACUUUCUUCUCCCGCUUUCCCAAUCCACUAACGACGGAGAGUCACCGCUGCCGGUGCCGCCGCCGUCGAAGGAUGUGGGAAGUGAGUCGGGUCUGGAAGUGCUCCCGGCGGGUGGCAACGGCGUUUGGAGGGUGAAAUUGGUGAUCGAUACGAAGCAGUUGGGGGAAAUUUUGGCGGAGGAAGGGAAUACGGAGGCGUUGAUUGAGAGGAUGAGAGCAGCAGCGGCGACGGCGGCGGUGCAAAGUCCACGGCGGGGGAAGAUCGGAGGGUGGAAGCCGAUGUGGGGGAAUUGGUUCAAAUUUUUUCCAAUUGAUGUUGGAAAUAGUAAUAAAGCACAAAUGAAAGUAUUUAAUUAUUGAAAUGGGUGUUCAUAUUCAACAUAAACCCUAAGUAUUUUCUUUCUAAUUUGAUUAUUAGGAGAAAGUUUGUGUAAAAUGUAAUUUUUGAGCUUGUUUGGUUGUAUAUAAGCUUGUAUGUAAGGUGUGAGUUUUUAGGGCUCUCUUAAUAGAGUUAUAAAGUUAUUAUUAUGUUGUGCUCUCAA